CCUCGGAUGUGAAGUUGGAAGGGGUGCCCUGCUUUCUGACUGUGCCAAGAGGACCCUUGUUUCCAAGGGACCCCUUGAGAAAUGGGGUAGGAAGAGAGCAAACUUUUGUCAAGUUUCUGCUGCGCCCUCUCCCUGAUGCUUGCUGUGGGAAGGACAGUCUAGCUCUGAAGCCCUGAUUUGGGCCGUUCGGAGAGCAUUCUGUGAACGCCAGCUGGAUAGCUGUUCAGGAACUGGAGAAACUGGGCCUACGGGAUGAUGUGGACCUCUUUGUGUAUGAAAUCCCUGUCGAGUACCAAGCGGUGCAGAGGCUCAUUCCUGCCCUGUGGAAGAAACACAGUCCCCAAGUGAUUGGUGGUUCACGUUGGCUUGUCUGGCAUGGCCACAACAGUGACACUGGAAAAAUGUGGUCACAACGUGGGCUACCGGGGCUUGGACAACUGCCGCUUCUGCCCAGGCUCACACUGUUGUGUGGAAGGAGGCCCUGAAUGCAUCGACUCGGUUAUAGACAUGGACCAGGUGUGCAAGAGGGUCUCCGAUCUGGACUUGGAUGUUCUCGUGACGAUAUCCAAGGAUGCUGGCAGGUACCUUUGUGACUUCACAUACUACACUUCCUUGUAUCAGAGCCAUGGCCGAUCGGCGUUUGUUCACGUGCCUCCACUGGGGAAGCCGUACACGGCAGAGCAGCUUGGCCGGGCUCUCCAAGCCAUCAUUGAAGAGAUGCUCAAUGUCUUGGAACACUCGGAGAGCGACAUUAACUGCCACAACGAGCAUUGAACCUGGGCCAGAGAUCCCCCCCCCCUUUUUCCUUCACUAUUGCACUUCCAAAACUUCCCACCAUCCUUGCAGAAUCCUGGGGAGAAAAAGCAGCAGGCCUGGAAAUAACUGCAGGGAGACCUGAAAACGCAGCCUGCUUGUCCUGCUUUGGGAACAGCCCCAACCACCUCUUAAUUUCCCUUCGUUUUCAAGACAGUCAAGUCUUGACAACUUCCUGGUGUUGCCAGGCAAGCCAGCCAGCCGACUUGGGUUCCUGUGGAGGAUGCCUGGUGAAUCAAGGGGACAGACAUGUCUGGACGAGGGUUUCUCCCCCAGAACAUCCAAGAAGACACAAGUUGGCCCCUGUAACGGCUCCCUGCAAUUUUGUGUCUGCUACUUCUGCACAACUGUGUCGCUCAAAGCAGCAGGGGCCAGUGGUCUGCCUGAGAAUGGUCCAUGGAGGCAGAAAGCACUGCUUCUUGAGAAUAAAUUAAAGCCCCGUGAAGGGGAUUGACGCUUUCGUGGGGUAACUUUCUUCCAAUCCUCAAAUGGCUCCACUGGUAACAUUUAUCAGAGGGCUCUCCUGUUCUGGAUGAACGUUUCGUGAUGAAAGGAGUAGAGGGAGGGCAGCCCCUCCCUCCCUUUGUCCAUCUGAACAUCUGAAUGGGUUUUUAAAAAAAAUCUCCUUUGAAUACUGCCUUUUGUGUACUUUGUAACCACAUACCUCUAUGUGCAGGAACGCACUGCUUCUGGCCUUUUUGUGAGACUUGUGCUCACACCAGAGGGGUGGUGGUGUACUUCAGCACCUCCCUGCCUGGCCCCCCUCCUAGUGCCUCAUACCCCUUAUACCUUAGAAAGUCACAUGGUACUCACAUUUUUUGUAGACUUUUUCUGCUCUGCUGGGAAGCUGAGGACAUGGUUACAAGCCAAAAUGGUGUCAGCCGCUUGCUGGUGAUCCCUUCUGCAUGCGGUGGGCAGACACGUCUUUGUUUUCUUGCACCCCUGCCUGGUGACCAUUAUAGAGAAGGGUGCUGCUCACCAGUUCUAUGGAAAGUAAACUGCACUUUUUAGCUAAGCUUGUGGGGAAAGGGAAGGGAGAGGUGUCCUGCCGGAAGAUUAGAGGUUUGUUUCCAUUGGUGCUGUGCAAACUUCGCUCUAAAUGGUGCAGCGACUGAAUUGGGCUACAGCAAGAUCAGACAGUGGAAUCAAGUAACUCGAGCAUGCCCGUUUAAAAUGGGUGGUCUCUGCCAAUAACAAACAUCUUUGCUGAAAAUGAAGAGAGAUCUGUUGAAUGAAAACUCUUGGAGCAUGCUCUUCCUUUAAAAGAAAUGUCUGUUGCUAUUUUAAUAUUUUUUCUUUUAAUGAUUAUGCUUUCUUCUGCUCUUAUUAGUAACUCUCAUUAAGCUGCUUUGUGUUAACUUGCUUAACCCUUUGGAAGUUUCGUUGCCCAGGUGGCUCUCUGGGCCCAUGAACUCUGCUUUUGAGUUGGCUUUUAGCUCCACCACCAGGCUGUUGUGGGCCUCCAGAUUCCAAGUAGUUCUCAAAAGGAUGGCUGCAAACUUUUUACUGUUCUGUUUUUGUAAUUUAUUAUAUUUAAUAUUUUUGUCCAUAUUUUGGCAAUGUCUGCACUUGUUUCUCUCACAUUGUUCUGGGUUAUUGGCGACAGUUUGCAGUUUGUUUCCAGUUUUGCAAGCAGGUUGGGCCGUUAUGUGACACAUCCCAAAGACUUGUGUGAGCUUCUGUUGGAGGGCUGCUUUAACAAAAAGUUUCCACAGGACAGCAUCUUUUGAACUCUAAUGAUGGGUUCUUCAAAAACGUGGCUGUGAACUGGCGCAAGUUGGUGAGGGACAAAUGCGUUGAUUUUGAGGAAAGAAAAUAACGUGUGUUCUGAUGACCUUCCUAUCAUCACCAGUCCUCGUGUCCUUAUUUUUCACCAAGGAGGGGAACUGAAGGGCACGAGGAAAGUCAGGAUAGGAACCCUCUCAACAGAGCUGCUGCAUCAUAGUAGUCGGGCUGCAAGUCGGCACUCUGCUGGUUCGACACCCACGACUGCCAUGAGCUCAGCAGGUGGCUUUGUGUAAGCCUCUCAGCCCAGCUCCCCAGCUGAAUUGUGGGGAUAACAAUACACUGACUUUGUUUAACACUCUGAGUGGGCACUGAGCAGUCUAGAAUAACAGUAUAUAAGUGCAGUUAUUAUUAUCAGUUAUUAAUUAAUCCACCAGCAGGCCUACCUCCUUGGGGUGGGCAAAGUGCAGGAUGAUGAUCUGCCUCAUUAGAAACUCCGUAAAUGUGCUGAGACCUCAGAAAUGUUUUAACACUUAAAGAUGUGUAAAUAUGGAUUGGUGCAAUGCAGAAGCCCGGGAGGUUUAAGAGGCAAUUCAGAUCUGCAUUCCUGAGCUUUGCCAUUUUAAAAACCAAGGCAGCUCUUGAACAAUUUGCCCUGCCCUUACUGGAUAGCAAAACAUGGCCAGUCCUCUUGUGCCCUGUGAUUUUCACAGUGAGGCCUGCUUGAUGGAGGUGUACUUACUUUCUGGCAUGGCACGAGCCCCUUUGGACUUGCUGGUGCCUGGAUUGGAACGGUGGUGCAAAGAUUCGAAAUCCAACCAGUUGAGAACCACUAAAGCGUUCCGGAUCAGGGUCUGGGUGACCCAGGUUCGAGUGCACACUCUGCUCUCUGAGAAUUCUUGGACCACUCACCACCUUCUGGCCUAAACUACCUCACAGGGUUAUUGUUGUGAGGAUAAAACAGAUGGGGGAGAAUGCUGUCCACAAGCUGCUUGUGGCCCUUGUUGAGAAGAACAGCAGGGUACAAAUACUUAAAUAAUCACCAUACAGACCAAUUGUAGUAGUUACAUAACCCUGGCCGAGCUGUUGGAUGAUGGUCAAACAAACACUAAUUGGGGGGGGGGGAUCUACGCUCCCUGCGGUCUGCUUGCUACCAAGCUGCCCCUUAUUGAAUCGGGAUGGGUCAGUUGUCAAAUCUCUCUCUCUCCUCUGGAGGCGGCAUUCAGCUGCUGGGGCAGGGAGGGAAUGACACCCCAGUCUUGCUAGCGCCGACCCUUCUCUGGUCUGCUCCUUGAACUUGUCAAUAAAUCCUCAGUUGAAAUUAUUUCAGAAAUAAACUUCUUUCUAUAGCAAAGCCCUCCGAUUGCUUUGAGAGUUAACAGCAGUGGAUGAAUGAAGGAACUGUCAAGGCUCUCCUUCCUACUAACUUGUUUCAGAGAUUUUUUUUUUUUUUUGCUUUGCUUAAAUGAUUUUUGCAUCUUCUCGGGAACUUACGUCAAAACCUUGUGUGAUUCCUUUUCUUUAUUUUGUUAGCUAGAAAAUAUAAUUUAUUCUGUAAUCUUCUGAUCUUUGCAAAAAACAUUAAUUUAGGGGACAGCCGUUUCUGAAACAGCUGAUGUCUUAAGUAGGAAGCACUUGUAUAAUUUUUUAAAGUUGCAUUAAACUGAAUUUAUUCUGUUAUAAAUUAAAAGGUUUUUUUUCCAAAGAGUGUUGUGCCUGGUUAGCCUUUCCAGGGCAGAGAGGUGACCCCCCCCCCCUUCAGCUGUUUUGCUGCCCAUAAAGAAGGA